CGCUCGAUUUACUGUGACAAGCUUGAGGUGGUGGCGACAAUGGAGGAGGAGAAGUUUGGGGUUUCGAGUAUCUCCGUCUUCUUUCUUAAGCAACACUCAACCAGAUUCAGAUUCAGAUUCCUUCCUUAAGAAUCUUACGCUAUUUAUAACGGCCAUGGCGUUGAUGGCCUCCACUCUCCUUUUUCCUCUCCAUGUUUCUCCCAUUUCUUCCCCCAAGUUCCCUCAAUUCCCACUCUUUUCUCUUCCCCCCAAAACCCUAAUUUCCAAACCCAGCCCUGCCACCAUCAGAUCCGCCAAAAUGGUCGUUCGAGCCGAGAGUUUGCAGAGUCUUGUAUCCGGGACUUUGAAUAUCGUUCGAUCCAAUCCGGCCACUUGGCACUCGGCCUUACUCAGCAAUCUCCUGAUUUUCAUUGUGGGUUCGCCGAUUCUCGUAUCGGGGUUGUCUGUGUCCGGCAUUGCUUCUGCUUUCUUGCUCGGUACUCUCACAUGGCGUGCCUUUGGGCCCUCUGGUUUCCUUCUUGUUGCUACCUACUUCAUCCUGGGAACAGCUGCAACAAAGGUUAAGAUGGCACAAAAGGAGGCACAGGGGGUAGCCGAAAAAAGAAAAGGGAGAAGAGGGCCAGGUAGCGUUAUAGGAUCUAGUGCUGCUGGUUGUGUUUGUGCUUUGCUCAUGAUAAAUAAAGUUGGGGGAGAAGCAUUCACGCAACUUUGGCGACUUGGUUUCGUUGCUAGUUUUUGUACUAAAUUGAGUGAUACUGUCUCAAGUGAAAUAGGGAAGGCAUAUGGUAGGAUAACGUACCUGGUGACAACAUUUAAGGUGGUUCCUCGGGGAACAGAAGGAGCCGUCAGUCUUGAGGGAACCUUUGCUGGACUCUUAGCAGCGAUUGCUCUUUCAUUUGUUGGCUGUCUUUUGGGUGACGUAACUGCACCUGAAGCAAUUGUAUGCGUUAUAGCUUCACAGAUUGCUAAUCUUGGUGAAAGCAUCAUCGGUGCUGUACUUCAAGAGAAGGAGGGAUUCCAGUGGCUCAAUAACGACGUUGUUAAUGUCAUCAACAUAUCUAUGGGCAGCAUUUUAGCUGUCUUGAUGCAGCAACUCAUACUUGGACACUGAUACUCAGAAUCAAGACGGAAUUCGCGUCAAGAGCUCGGGUAUUCUCUUGUAUUUUCAUUCCAUGGAAAGAAAAAUUACAAGGAAAUUGCAACAGAUUGACAAAUUGCCCCGACGAGUUGCUUCGGUGAAAUUCUUGCUUUGAGAAUGGCCAUUCAGUACUAGGGGGUAAUACUGUGCCUUUUUAGAGGGUGACUGUAGACUUAAUUUUUUAACCUCUAACAUCAACUUAUAGUUUAUUGUCCUAUUUUUAACUGUAUUUGUAGGGGAUGGAAAAGUUGUUCUACUUUGUCAUGUUUUUGUCAUUUUCCAGUUUUUGUUCUCUUACUUCAUGUAUAAAGCAGAGGGGUGGAUGACAUAAAUUUAGUUUGACUUCUAGUAGGCAUUUAUGAUUCA